GUCACCAGCUUCCUGUGCCUGCGCUUCUUCUCUCCCGCCAUCAUGUCGCCCAAGCUCUUCCACCUGCGGGAGCGCCACGCGGACGCCCGCACCAGCCGCACCCUGCUCCUGUUGGCCAAGGCAGUCCAGAACGUGGGCAACAUGGACACGCCGGCUUCCAGGGCCAAGGAGACUUGGAUGGAGCCGCUGCAGCCCACCGUGCGCCAGGGCGUGGCGCAGCUGAAGGACUUCAUCACCAAGCUCGUGGACAUCGAGGAGAAGGACGAGCUGGACCUGCAGCGGACGCUGAGUUUGCAGGCGCCACCUGUGAAGGAGGGGCCACUCUUCAUCCACAGGACCAAGGGCAAAGGCCCCCUCAUGUCCUCCUCCUUCAAGAAGCUCUACUUCUCCCUCACUACCGAGGCCCUCAGCUUCGCGAAGACGCCCAGCUUCAAGAAAAGCGCCCUCAUCAAGUUAACCAACAUCCGGGCAGCAGAAAAGGUUGAGGAAAAGAGCUUUGGCAGCUCGCACGUCGUGCAGGUCAUCUACACGGACGACGCCGGCAGGCCCCAGACUGCCUACCUGCAGUGCAAGUGUGUGAAUGAGCUUAACCAGUGGCUGUCUGCGCUGCGGAAGGUGAGCAUCAACAACACCGGACUGCUGGGCUCCUACCACCCUGGCGUCUUCCGUGGGGACAAGUGGAGCUGCUGCCACCAAAAAGAGAAGACAGGUCAGGGCUGCGAUAAGAUCUGGUCACGGGUGACCCUGCAGGAGUGGAAUGACCCUCUUGACCAUGACCUUGAGGCCCAGCUCAUCUACCGGCACCUGCUGGGCGUGGAGUCCAUGCUGUGGGAGAGGCACCGGGAGCUGAGCGGGGGCGCAGAGGCAGGCACAGUGCCCACGAGCCCUGGCAAAGUCCCCGAGGACUCAUUGGCCCGGCUGCUCCGGGUGCUGCAGGACCUCCGCGAGGCCCAUAGCUCCAGCCCGGCCGGCUCCCCACCCUCAGAGCCCAACUGCCUCCUGGAGCUGCAGACGUGAGGCCCACCCUAUGCUCCCCUUGCUGAGUCCCCUGCCAAGCGCUCGAAGCCCCCCCAGGACACUCUGCACCCCCUCACCCCGGUCCUCCUCAUUAGGGUACAGGGCCUAGGUCUCUUCCAAGUGGGGGAGGGGGGAGAGUCAGGAAUAAGGGGAUCCCCAGAAGUGCAGAACUGAGCAGGCUUGGGCCUGUCAUGGCUGGCCUGAAGUGUCCCCAGCUCCCUACAGCCGCUGUAGCCAUCACUGCCUCUCCAGGGACCCUCUUCUCCUGCCUAGGACAGACCCAGCCAGAACCACUGCUAGGAUGGGCCACACCCAGGGGUCUGGCCUCCAGGGACCUAGAGAAUGGGAGGGAGAACGGGGCCCCAGGAGACCCGGCCGCCACCCCACCCGCUACCCUUUGGUGCCACAGGGCUGUGCUGUUGCCAAUAGUAAACCUGCUGUUACUG